AUGGAUGUAUUUGUGGUAAAAGAGCUAGACAAAUGCUAUCACAUAGCCAUUGAGCAUCUCAGUCACACCAAAGACGUCCUAUUCCGGAACAGCGCAGAAACCGUUGAAGGAGUUGGCGAAGAACGUUGGCAGGUUGAACCAUGGUCUUUUAUGGAUUCACUGCUUUUCGCAUUCACCGUGAUCACAACGAUAGGUUACGGCAACGUGGCCCCGAGGUCGUUUGGUGGACGUCUCUUCGUAAUUGGCUACGGACUAGUUGGCAUCCCUUUCACCCUACUAGCAAUCGCUGAUCUCGGAAAAUUUCUUUCUGAAAUGAUGUCGAAGUGGUCGAAGGCGGCCGUGAAAUGGAAAAAGCAUCUUCAAGGGGUGUGGCGUUCAAGAACAAAGGUUAAAGGUCGCUAUGUCACUGGUCAAUCCAGCUCCAAAGAUAUUUUGGAAAAAAGUCAAAGUCGGGAGGAAAUUGUGACGCUUGAAAAUGGCAAAGCUACUGCCAUCGCGGACUCGGAAGAUGAAGACGAGGAAGAUCAAACAUUGCCACUUUUCGCGUUUUUCGUGGCUUAUAUUGCAAUGGCGGUCUAUUUCAACUUUGUGACAUUGACCUCAAUCGGACUAGGUGAUAUUGUGCCACGAAGCGAAACUUAUAUGGCAUUGACGAUCGUCUAUAUUGCGGUCGGUCUUGCUCUCACUACUAUAGCCAUAGAGAUAGCUGCUGAUACACUGAAAAAACUUCACUACUUUGGACGAAAAAUCGAAAAUGUUGGCAAUGUAGCGAUUUGGUUCGGAGGAAAAAAGAUCACUAUGAAGGCGCUGGUUAGGAAUCUUGGUGAUCAGUUCAACCUACCAACGACGGUUGUUAAAAACCUGGAUUUGGAUCGUUUUGUAGACCAGGCAAUAAAACCACCCCCUUUCGAUCCGAAUCCUGAUGACUUUGGUGCAACAUUUGUGGAUGACGUAAAUCAAGAGGUGUGGAAGAGUGAUCCAACACCGCCGCCUUCGCCAUCACCUUUGCCUCCGCCUUCGCCUUCGCCAUCACCACCGCAACCGUCGACGUCGCAGCUCAUAGAAGAGGCACCGGAAUCGGAGCCGGAAGAAACACCCAGUGAGCCGUCACCUAUCCCCACGCCUCCAACUAUGCAUACACCAUCUCCAGAACCGAUAAAAGACAUCCCUCCACCAAGUUCCGUGCCGAGCCCAGCGCCUCCACACGAACCGACUCCGCCUCCAACACCUUCACCAAAGCUUGAACUAGAGCCUGAACCAGAACUCGUGCCGCAGCCGGAGCCAGAACCCGAACCACAAUCAGAAAUCGGACCAGAACCUAAGUCAGAACCCAAACCACCACCACCACCGGUUGGAACUGCCAAAGAGAGCAAAAUCUCUGUUCUGUAUUCAGCUCAUCAGUUGACUCCGGCUGAGAUUGCUGCCCAAAAACGACGAGCAUACAGUGAAGAAGCGUGGCGGCGGUAUCAAGAGUACCAAAAGCAAUGGAAGAAAUUUCGACAAACGCAAAAGACGGGUACACCCUCCUCAUCUGCCAGUGGGCGAGGCAGCUCAGGACCGGAAUCAUCGAAAAGUUCUACCAAUCCAGGCACACCAGAAAGUUCAACGUCUAGAACGUGA